AUGUCUCGAAAAUGGAUUUCAACUUUUGCACCUCCUGAAGCUUCCCAGCACCCUCCUGAUUGCCCUCAAUAUCAAUCCGCGCCGGUUGAUUUGACUCCCAAAUGCGCAUUUUGCAAUGUUACUGGAGCAAAACAAAGAUGUGCAGGCUGUAAAACCUUAUUCUACUGCAACGAACAGUGUCAAAAGGGUGAUUGGAAAUUACACAAGCUAGUCUGCAGACCCUACGCCGAUUUUACUACCAACGUGCCACGUCCCGCAAAUGGAAAUCUCGGACCAUUCAAGCUUGUGAUUCUUCUUCCGGUCAAUGAAAAGCAGCCACAAUUCCUUUGGCUUGAAACUUGCCAGAGAAGCUCUACGGAACUUUCUCCUAUGCAGGCCUUAACAUCCCAAGCACUUGUCAAGUGGUUAGAUCUCAGUGGAGUGGGAAGAAUUGAUACUACUACCCUACGCCUAAACAUCGCCCUACUUGAGAGUUUUCCGGACGACUCAAGAUACUGGCAUCGCCAGUUAGAAAUUAAGAUGCCCGCAAUGCCCACUCAUAACAUUCUUCAAACACCAAUUAACAAAUGCGCCAGUAAAUUGGCAAGCAAUUGCAUGACUUUCGGACAUCGAGGUGCCAUGAUUGUCGUUCACAGAGUCAAAGGAACCAGAUCCAUAGGAGAUGCUCAGCCAUCAGACCUUCGCAUUGUUGCCGACUGGCUGCGCCGCCACGUACCAACAGGAAUGAAGGAUUAUCAAAUCAAAUACAGCUUUCAAGGUUUCACCAAUGAAAUCAACAUUCUCGAAGAGUUACAUCACGCAGAGAAGUCCGCCGCGCCAAAAGUAUCGGCUGUGCGCAUACAUUGUGAGGGUGGAACGGAAAUUUUGAAACUUCCUAAAUACGAGAGCAUCGAAAUUUCCACUGCGGACUACGCAUUCCUCCACGAAGAUAUAGAAUGCACCAAAGCCCUGGGAAUCAGAUUGGUACUUCGUUCAUUCAUCGAGCCGUAUGAUUAUCAGAAUGUCGAGGGCCAGCAUGAAUUGGCUCUGAGAACGAACACUUUAGUUCCUCACCGCAAUGAAGAAGCAUUAUUUCUAUUUCUGACAAUUGACCCGGAAGAUGAGAGCUGGGGAGGGUUGUCUCCAAAAGAUAUGGUGAGGUUCCCUCUCCAAGAGAUAGGAAGCUUUCAGGUCGUAAGGAAAGACAAGAAGUCAAUCACUGUCCAUCAAGUCGAAGUUAUCGCCAAUUAUUUUCGCCGUGUCGUCUACUUUGAAAUGGGAAACUUAAUUCACAGAUACAAAGACGCAAGACCACCAACUGUCGAGAAAGAGAAAGUCACGAAGGGCCUUCUGAAUAGAGACGCCUUUGAAAAAUAUUUUGGGGAGUUCAAGAAAGCUAAGAUUGAAGGGGGGGAUCAAUCAUGGGCUGAUGCUAUCAGCCCAUUUGAUAUUUAG